UCACUCGUCUCCCCAUCUCCGCCAUCGUCAAAUCGUCGUCAAUCCAGGCACCCUCUCCAGAAACACAUUCUUUCCAAAGACCAACUUCCCGCCACAGCAACUGGCUACAAAAAGCUCGCCGCGCUCCGUUCCAUUCCUACCCGACAUCCUGCCCACGAUCGACAUCGCCCCUCCGAGGCGCCACACUUAUCACUGCCACCGCCUGCCCGGCUCUCCCAGCAACCGACCUCCAACACCCCAGACAUCAGCCUCUUGCAUGUGCCUCAGACACGCCCCGAGGUCUGAGACGCCGUCCUGCUUCGCCUUAUCAUUAUUAUAACAUCAAGGACACGUUUCCUGUCCUUCGCCGUUCCUUCACCACCACCGCCCAACAAUCACCAUGGCCGCUACCCUUCCUCCCGAUCCCUACCUCGCCCUUGGCGUGUCCAAAGAUGCCGAUGCUGCGACAAUCAAGUCGACAUACCGCAAACUCGCCCUCAAGUGCCACCCGGACAAGGUCACAGACGAGUCACUGAAGAAGCAGAAGCAGGAGGAGUUCCACAAGAUUCAGCAAGCCUACGAGAUUCUAUGCGACGACGAGAAGCGCAAGAAGUACGAUGCAGAAGUGCGAUUUAUGGAAAAGCUACGGAACGAGCGAGGACCUCAAGCGGACGUGAAGGCCGCGCGCUAUGAGACCCGCACUGCAGCUCCCGCAGGGGCUUCCUUCGGCGCAACCGGUGCUGGUCGUUAUGAAGAGCGUAGACCGAGAUCGUAUGAGGACGAUCGGUACUUCGAAGACCGAGCUGCGAGGAAGUACGAUACCUACGAGGCCUAUCCUCGUGCAUCCCGCUCCUCACGCGAAAAGGAAUCUUCGCGUUCCACCAAGGCCUCCACAGACCGAACACGAUCAGAGCGCACCAAGACACGAGAUCGAGAGGAAAGGAGAGAGCGCUCUGGAAAGUUUGUCUAUGUCGAGGAUGACUCGUCGUCCACGGACGAGAAGGCCCGCUAUGAGUCGGACUAUCGACGACGCAGCGACGACGACCGCCGAAGGCACGACGAGGACGAGAUUCGGAGGAAAGCUGCAGAGGAUCGCCGCAAAGCCGAAGAGCGACGAUCCUACGAGGAGGCCAAGGAGCCCCGACGCCACCGCAGCGGAGAAGCCGAACUGGACCGCCAGCGCAAGCUGAGCGAACUGGAACAGGACGCAGUCCGCUACAUUCACCUCUCCAGAGUGGAGGCCGAGGCGAGACCAUCCGCCAGCAGGGCCUCGUCGUCACGGGACACACGCCCGGAUCCCUACGAAAGCCGUUCCUCGCGCCCGCGACCAGACACGGUGCGCCGCUCGUCUGCUCGCCCGAGGGAUCGCCCCUCGUCCUCAGGCCGAGACAGCCAUCGUGACCGCAGGGGCGUGCCCGAGAUUGUAGACUGGGAAGAGGAGCGCAGGGCACCCCCAUCCUUCAAGCACUCCUCCUCCUCCCCGGCCGAAAUCCACAUUCCCCGCGCCACUCCCCAACGCUCGCAUACCGACUACCCUGACGGCCAUCGGGGCUCCACCUCCCCAACACCCCAAUUCCGCCGCUCCGAAACCAUGCCCACCGUCCCCUCCUCUUCCUCCUCACGUAGGAAGGAAGCAUCCGCCCGUCCCUCCGGCCUCCGCACGUCGGAAACCGCAGACCUCCCACCCUUCACAGAGUACCCCUCUGUACCUCCCCCGCUCUCCACCAAAUACUACCACUACCCGACUCCCGGCGGCGGCGUGUCUCUGCGCCCCGAGGACGUGACCGCUUCCAGCGGGCAUCGCACCGUCCUGCACGAGCCGUCGAGAUAUCGGGCCCGCUCGCCGAGCCCGCUGUCGAGACCGCCCAUGGGAGCGAAUCGCCCCGCUGUCGCCGAACCCGUGCGCAUGACGUCGAGUAGCUCUUCGUCGGCGAUUCCGCCACCGCCUCUGGGGAGGAGCUCGAGUCGUGUGAGUCCCACGCGGGGCAGGGGCGAGAGGUUGUACGGCGAGAUCUCUCCGGAUGCUCUGCGGCGGGAGCGGGAGCGGGAACGGGAGAGGGAGAGUGCGAGACAUCAGACCAAGUUUGACAAGGUGUCGUAUGCGCCCAAGAUUGGGCCCGAGGAUAUCCGGUGGAGCGCGAGUCGAGGGAGGGAAACUGAAAAGGAGAGGGGAGAUGGGAGUUAUACGAAGCCGAGUCUGUCGAGGUAUGCGACGUAUGUGUAUUAGAGCAUUGGUGAUAAGGUUGGUGGUUUUUUGCAUGCAUCGGUUUGGGAAUGGUCGGGUGCAUCAGUGCAUAUGGCACGGAACGGUAUGGUUUUUCACGCUUUCCUCUUUUCUUUACUAAGGGGUUGUCUCUCCUCUUAUUCAUACUCAUUUCACCUUUUUCCUUCGUUUUACCACUGAGGCCCUGCCACGGGUGGGACCGAGUGAGCGAGCUAUCGCCCAUGAUGGUUGUGUAUAUCCAGCGCAAUUUUGCUUAUUGUUUUUGGAGAAUGUCUUGUGCUUGUGGGCUUUUUGGGCCUUUUUGUCAUUCGCUUGGUUGGGAUGGAUAUUUGGAAAGAAUAAGAAAUGAAGGCCUUGGGCCUAAGGCGUCGGUAUGAUUUUUGGUAUAAGAUAACUAUAACUCGAAAUAGGGAGGGGAACAGGACGGA